UAGAAGCGGCAGGAGCAGCGUUGGCACCGGCGAAUCAUGGCUGGGAUUUUCUAUUUCCUCCUCUUUUCGUUUCUCUUUGGGAUUUGCGACGCUGUCACCGGUUCCAGGGUGUACCCCGCGAAUGAAGUUACCUUGUUGGAUUCCAGAUCCGUUCAGGGAGAACUUGGGUGGAUUGCAAGCCCUCUCGAAGGAGGGUGGGAGGAAGUGAGUAUUAUGGAUGAAAAAAAUACGCCAAUCCGAACCUACCAAGUGUGCAACGUGAUGGAACCCAGCCAGAAUAACUGGCUACGAACUGACUGGAUCACCCGAGAAGGGGCUCAGAGGGUGUACAUUGAGAUUAAGUUCACCUUGAGGGACUGCAAUAGUCUUCCGGGCGUCAUGGGGACCUGCAAGGAGACGUUUAACCUGUAUUAUUAUGAAUCAGACAACGACAAAGAGCGUUUCAUCCGAGAGAGCCAGUUUGCCAAGAUUGACACCAUCGCUGCCGACGAGAGCUUCACCCAAGUGGACAUUGGCGACAGAAUCAUGAAGCUGAACACGGAGAUCCGGGAUGUAGGGCCGCUGAGCAAAAAGGGGUUUUAUCUGGCUUUUCAGGAUGUGGGGGCCUGCAUUGCCCUGGUAUCGGUCCGCGUGUUCUAUAAGAAGUGCCCGCUCACGGUUCGCAAUCUGGCCCAGUUUCCAGACACCAUCACAGGGGCCGAUACGUCUUCCCUGGUGGAAGUCCGAGGCUCCUGUGUCAACAACUCAGAAGAGAAGGAUGUGCCAAAAAUGUACUGUGGGGCAGAUGGUGAAUGGCUGGUACCCAUUGGCAACUGCCUGUGCAAUGCUGGGCAUGAAGAGCGGAAUGGAGAAUGCCAAGCCUGCAAAAUUGGAUAUUACAAGGCUCUCUCCACGGAUGCCACCUGUGCCAAGUGCCCACCCCACAGCUACUCCGUCUGGGAAGGAGCCACAUCGUGCACCUGUGACCGAGGCUUUUUCAGAGCCGACAAUGAUGCUGCCUCUAUGCCCUGCACCCGCCCACCGUCUGCUCCCCUCAACUUGAUUUCAAAUGUCAAUGAGACUUCUGUGAACUUGGAAUGGAGCAGUCCUCAGAACACGGGUGGCCGCCAGGACAUCUCCUACAACGUGGUAUGCAAGAAAUGUGGAGCCGGCGAUUCCAGCAAGUGCCGGCCCUGCGGAAGUGGAGUCCACUAUACCCCACAGCAGAAUGGCCUGAAGACCACCAAAGUCUCCAUCACCGACCUCCUGGCUCAUACCAAUUACACAUUUGAAAUCUGGGCAGUGAAUGGAGUGUCCAAGUAUAACCCCAGCCCAGACCAAUCAGUGUCCGUCACCGUGACAACUAACCAAGCAGCACCAUCAUCCAUUGCUUUGGUGCAGGCUAAAGAAGUUACAAGAUACAGUGUUGCUCUGGCUUGGCUGGAACCAGAUCGGCCCAAUGGGGUGAUCCUGGAGUAUGAAGUCAAGUAUUAUGAGAAGGAUCAGAAUGAGCGAAGCUAUCGGAUCGUGCGGACGGCUGCCAGGAACACGGAUAUCAAGGGCCUGAACCCUCUGACUUCCUACGUCUUUCAUGUCCGGGCCAGGACAGCAGCUGGCUAUGGAGACUUCAGCGAGCCCCUGGAGGUCACAACCAACACAGUGCCUUCCCGGAUCAUCGGAGAUGGGGCCAACUCCACUGUCCUUCUGGUCUCCGUCUCAGGCAGUGUGGUACUGGUGGUCAUUCUCAUCGCAGCCUUUGUCAUCAGCAGGAGACGGAGUAAAUACAGUAAAGCAAAACAAGAAGCAGAUGAAGAGAAACAUUUGAAUCAAGGUGUCAGAACUUACGUGGAUCCUUUCACAUACGAAGAUCCCAACCAAGCAGUUCGAGAAUUUGCCAAAGAAAUCGACGCAUCUUGCAUUAAGAUUGAAAAAGUCAUAGGAGUUGGUGAAUUUGGCGAAGUAUGCAGUGGGCGUCUCAAAGUGCCUGGCAAGAGAGAGAUCUGUGUGGCCAUCAAGACACUGAAAGCUGGUUAUACAGACAAACAGAGGAGAGACUUCCUGAGCGAGGCCAGCAUCAUGGGACAGUUUGACCACCCGAAUAUAAUUCACCUGGAAGGCGUCGUCACCAAAUGUAAACCAGUAAUGAUCAUAACAGAGUACAUGGAGAAUGGCUCCUUGGAUGCAUUCCUCAGGAAGAAUGACGGCAGAUUUACAGUCAUUCAGCUGGUGGGCAUGCUUCGUGGCAUUGGGUCCGGGAUGAAGUAUUUAUCUGAUAUGAGCUAUGUGCAUCGAGAUCUGGCUGCACGGAACAUUCUGGUGAAUAGCAACUUGGUCUGCAAAGUAUCUGAUUUUGGCAUGUCGCGAGUGCUUGAGGAUGACCCGGAAGCAGCUUAUACCACCAGGGGUGGCAAGAUUCCUAUCCGGUGGACUGCGCCAGAAGCAAUUGCCUAUCGUAAAUUCACAUCAGCAAGUGAUGUAUGGAGCUAUGGAAUCGUUAUGUGGGAAGUGAUGUCGUAUGGAGAGAGACCUUAUUGGGAUAUGUCCAAUCAAGAUGUGAUUAAAGCCAUUGAGGAAGGCUAUCGACUACCCCCUCCAAUGGACUGCCCCAUUGCCCUCCACCAGCUGAUGCUAGACUGCUGGCAGAAGGAGAGAAGUGACAGGCCCAAAUUUGGGCAGAUUGUCAACAUGUUGGACAAACUCAUCCGCAACCCCAACAGCUUGAAGAGGACGGGGACUGAGAGCUCCAGACCUAACACUGCCUUGUUGGAUCCGAGCUCCCCGGAAUUCUCCGCCGUAGUAUCGGUGGGCGAUUGGCUCCAGGCCAUUAAAAUGGACCGGUAUAAGGAUAACUUCACGGCUGCUGGUUAUACCACACUAGAGGCUGUAGUGCACGUGAACCAGGAUGACCUGGCAAGAAUUGGGAUCACCGCUGUCACACACCAGAAUAAGAUUUUGAGCAGUGUCCAGGCGAUGAGAACCCAAAUGCAGCAGAUACACGGCAGAAUGGUUCCUGUCUGAGCCGGUACUGAAUAAACUCAAAACUCUUGAAAUUAGUUUACCUCAUCCAUGCACUUUAAUUGAAGAACUGCACUUUUUUUUACUUCGUCUUCGCCCUCCGAAAUUAAAGGAAAAAAAAAAAAAUCUGCAGCGUAGCUUGGUGUACAGGUUGCUGAAACUGUGGGGCUUACAGAAAUGACAUCUGUCAUUUGAAAUAGAUCUGGAACAAAUUGUUUCUCAGACGUACUUCGGUCCAUCACCAGUUUGUAAAAUACAUGUACCUAUAUAAAUAGAACAUCGCCUCCGAGUGUGGCUGCCGUAUUUGCUGCGGACACUGAGUUUCUCUGAGACAUCCUUGAUUCUCUCUACAUUUGGAAUUACAACCGUCAUAUUUUGUUUGUGGCAUCAGUGACAGUCAUCUUUCUUUCACUGGAAUGAAGACCAUGCCUAGGAACAUUUUUGAAGGACUCAGGCUUGGUUCAUACCGUGGAAAAAACUCUAGGUGAAAACCACAUGGCUCAUCAGUGUUUCUCCUUCAGUGCUCAGGCUACCUGGUGGAUUAUGAUGACAUGAGGGGCUGGAAAGAAAAGGAAAGUGGAUUUAAGAAUAAUAAUAAAAGUAAUAAUAAAACCCAAGCAUCGUACCCCCUAACUGGACAAACAAGGUCUGUUUCUUUGGGCCUGUGGCUGUGCCAUAUAAAGUCUUAUUUUGGGACUCUACAAAUGUAUUGUGACUACCUUAUGGAUAGUGGACUGUGACAAUCUUUAAUAGGAACUUUGACAUUUCCCUCCUUUAAAGAAGUAACCCAAAAUAUACAAGGGAGCAGAUUCUGCUAUCUUGGACUCACAGCCCUUCCUGUUGCUUACAAAGCCCACAGAAGAAAACAGAACACACCCUCCUCAGUUCCUUCCAAAUGUGUUUCUUCUGCUUCUACUACGCCAGUCCUGGAGCAAAGACACUGAUGAAACAACACCCGUUCCUGAAAAGAAUAAAAGUGUGACUUUCAAAUGCCCUUUCCCAGUGAAAGAAACAGCAAACAUUCCAGGUUCAGCAUCUGUUCUCCGCUUGCACUGAGGAAUGGACUGUUUCGCAGCACCAGCUCUGCAGAGCCUUUGUUCCCAAACUCCUUGUGGUUUUAUUUAUAUGUAUUUCCAUAUCUCAUUCCUGUACGUCACUGCUGCCUUGGCAGGGCAGCAAGGCGACAGGUUUUACUAUGGACACCAGGUCGGGUGCCACCACGCAAAACAAAGCCAGUUCCCAUGAGCUGCCUAUGAUAUGCAUUGCUGAAGUAACAUUUUACCCAGGGUGUGCCAUGCAGUGAUAUAAAUAUAUUUUUUUCCUAGACUAAA